AUGUAUGAAAGGGAUCCAGGGCAUUCCGAACCAUUACUCUUAGGUGAUUCAGGUCAGGGCGAUACGCAGCGAAUCCUACUGUUCGGUCGGCAAUCGGUCUCUGAAUGGAUUGGUCUGGUUCGCAAAAUAUACGUAGACGGCACGUUUAGUUUGUCCCCGUCGCUGUCCUACCAGAUUCUCGUCAUUCUGGCCGAACGAGACGCAUUCGUGCUGCCCGUGUGUUACGCCCUACUGCCCAAUGCCGCCCUGCACGGCUGUCUGUUCCAUCUAGUACAGAACUUGAAGAAGAAGCUUGCUGACUUGAAUCUCAUGAGUCCUUAUCGAAACGACGAUAACUUCAAUUUGGCCGCACGAAUGAUAUCUGGUCUCGCUUUUGUCCCCCCUGAUUCUCUUGACAAUGUCAUCGCAGAUCUCGCCGUGUAUCUGCCGGAAGAAUUGAUGCCCGCGCUCAAGUACUUCGAAGACUUCUACGUGGGAUCCCUGCUCCACAUCCUGCCUGAUGGGAACGUUGUUCGUCGUCGACCCUUGCUCAGUGUAGAGACAUGGAAAGUUCAGCACCAUCGUGAUAUGCGUUACGCCCGGUUCAUUGGCGGGCAUUCGCCGGAGAAAAAACGAAGAAAAUACGUCGAAGCCGACGAAAGGCUGCGUCGAUUGGUAAAUUGUUUCCACGAUCGCACGUCUAUCGAAUUCCUUCAAGGCGUCGCGAAAAAUUACUUUAUGGACGCUUGA